UGUGGACCUUCAGAGUCGCCGUACUUUCUUGUUUAAUUUACGCAUGCGUGUGGCUGUAGCAUUGAUAAGGUAGCACCAUUUGUUUUAAAACAUGUCGGAGAAAGGAGAAGUGGAUUUAACUGGUGCCAAGCAGAACACGGGCGUGUGGCUUGUAAAGGUACCCAAGUACCUCUCUCAGCAAUGGGCAAAAGCGACCGGCAGAGGGGAUGUGGGGAAACUGCGAAUCUGCAAGAAAGGAAACCAAGGAAAAGCAGAGGUGUCCUUCACUUUAAAUGAAGAGCUAACUGUGAUCGAUGGUAUAGAAGAUAAGACGGUGUCUGCACCUCGCGAUCAUCCGUUCACCAUGCAGUCAGUGGGAGGCCAGACGCUGGCGGUCUUCACAGAGAAUUCCUCAGACCGUCCAUUGCCAAUCACCUCAGCAGAUUUGGGCCAGUCAGAAGAAAGAUCUGAUGGCAGCAGCUCAGUUUCGGGGGCGGGGGCAGGUCCAGAUAAAAUAGCCUUAGAGGGAGUGGUUGUGCAGAGAGCGGAGUGCAGACCUGCUGUGAGUGAAAGCUAUAUGAGGCUGAAGAGGUUACAAAUUGAAGAGUUGGCCAAGCCAGUCAGGCUGUCCCAGCAGUUGGAUAAAGCGGUCACCAGCAACUACAAACCUGUGUCCAACCAUACCUACAAUCUUGAGUAUGAUCGGAAAAAGAAGGAGGAAGGCAAGAGGGCAAGAGUGGACAAACAGCAGGUGUUGGACAUGCUGUUUUCUGCUUUUGAAAAGCACCAGUACUACAACAUCAAAGACCUAGUGGAUAUCACCAAACAGCCUGUGAUCUACUUGAAGGAAAUCUUGCGUGACAUUGGCAUUUACAAUGUGAAAGGAACACACAAGAAUACCUGGGAGCUCAAACCAGAAUACCGACAUUACCAAGGCGAUGAAAAGACUGACGAAUAGUUUCUCACCCUCCCAAGGCCAUUUCACCAUGUUUUUAUUUCCCAGGCGAGGCCGUGGCUGGACCUUGGUGUUCUCUCCUGAUUUUUCUCUAAUCAAGUCUCCGAACACACGGGAUGCUGUGAUCAUGAAAAGAUGUUUUACAGGAAGACGUCUUGUAACUUGUUAUUAUGUAGGAGACUAGAGCGGGCAUUUGGAUCUGAUCCUGAUGUAGUUUGUCACAGCUCCAGCACAUCCUUGCGGUAAUGGCCUCGGAUAUUUUAUGAAGCAUGAAAUACAUUUAUUAACUCUGGUUAAAAAGUUUGCAGUAAUAUUACAAAACCAUUUAGAGGUAAGGUUUAUAAAAAAUAUGUGACAUUGAUUACUUUUCUAGACAUCUAAGUUAAAUAUUUUAAAACAUUGUUCUACAUUUGUGCUUGAGGUCUUAGCCUGUCUUGACUGUAAUUUUAAAGUUUUACACUUGACAAAUACAAUAAACGUGUUUUAAUAGAAAAUCUUUUUUGUAUUAAGAGCGUCAAGCAUACCACUGUGCCCAAGAACGGCAGAACAACAGCUCUAAGUAAAUUAAAGCAGUGGUGGCGGGGUCCAUAGGGUCUUAGCUUGGGAACUGGAACGUCACUGGUUCAAGUCCCCGAAAGAGCAAGUGUUACCAGGUGUCCCUGAGCAAGGCACCAUUCCUAACACAGCUCCCCGGGUGCCGGCAUAAUAGCAUCCCACUGCUCCCAACACUAGGCUGGGUCAAAUGGAGAAUGUAAAGGUCCCCCCCGUGGGACAAUUAAUUUGUCUUCUGAACCACCAUAAAAAAACAUUAGCUGAAUAGUCUUGAGGAAACCAAUGUGAUUCUUACUGCUACUUAUACACGUUUACAUUUUAUCUGCUUUUUAUAGAUCAUAAACAAGUCAACAUUUUACCACAUUAAGAUGUGUACAGUAUUCAAAGAUGAGUUAUGAUGGCAUCAAGUGGAUGUGGGGCAAAUCCUGGGCUGCCCCUGUGAAAAACUACACUGCAUGCUCAGUAUUUUUUUCAGUGUGCGGCAAAAAAAUUAUUGCAAAUUGGGCAUAGCGCUCGCUGCCCUCUACCCGUCAUCUCAUAAAUCAGAGUCGAUUGUGUGUGCCGCGAAAAGUGUAGUUAUGAAGAGGAGACGAGAGAGCUUAGAUUACGUCACCAGCGGUAAAUACAAACAAAAUGAAAGAAAUUAACCAUCUACUGGAGCUUUGGUGAGCAAAAGUAUGUUUUGCCUUUAGAGUCUAAAGUUUAGACGAUUGAUAUUGUAACCAGUGACGUGUUGGUGUUUUCAUGCUGAAGCAUUAUGGUUGUUGAGUUUCGCUUUGAUAGCGCUCUUUACUUGU